GCCACUUAUUUCUGCUGAAUCUUCCGCUCAUUUCUUGUUACAAAUAACGGUUAAGUAAAAAAAGAUAUCGAAUAUUGUGGCACAGGUUUAACUUGUAAAAAGCAUUAUAUAAUAUUAUUUAAAUUGAAUAUAAAAUUAUAUUCUAUAUAAUAAGUGAGAAAAAAACUUAAUUGUGAAAUUUAUUACAAAAGAGAGUGACAAGAAAACCUAGACGAGUGGCGCGUCUGUGCAAACGGCUCCUCUUUGGUUGCAUGACGUAAUUGUAUUGAUCGCGGAAGAAGAGCCGAAAGUCGCGCAUUCGCCAUCUUGAACGAAUUGUGGAAAAGAAGUUUCUGUGUCUCGCAGGCGCGGUACACUUAUAAUAAUUGUAAUCCGUGACAAUCCGGACAUUAAUUAAUUUAACUGGGAAUUAACCCUUUUGUGAAUUAGAAACCCAUUUGGAGCGGACCAAGACAAAGGGUUCGUUCUUUGGGUCUGAUUGGUACUAAAUGGUUGCCUGCAGACAGCAUGUCUACUCUGUCAGGGCUUGUGUCGAAGGGGGAGAAAGGAAAAUCCAAGUUUCAAUCAUUAGACAUCAAUAGCUUGUAUCGGGUGAGUAGGGGUGAAUCUUUAGAACAACAUCAACAAAAAAAUACAUUACCACGCAAACAUGGAAUGCAAAGUCUUGGAAAAGUGCCUUCGGCACGGCGACCUCCAGCUAAUCUGCCUAGUUUAAAAAGUGAACACAGCAGCAACGAUCCAGCUGUCAGUCUUGUACCAAGUGGAGGAAGUGGUUGGGCUACUACCAAAGAGUCGACAACUACCACUACUACUACAACUACUACAGCUGUAACCGCAUCAGAUACAUCUACUGCAAAUUCUUCAGGAACUGCAGCAGGAGUCCAACAACAAUCACAUCAACAGCAGCAACAACAAACAACAAAUCGGGAAUUAAGUGCACAAUAUGGACCUGGUCCAAGUUUACGACCCCAAACGGAAGGAAGUUGGAUACAAGGUGGAAGUCGUACAACCAGUGGUGCAGGAAUAGGAACUACUGGUUCUGGAAGUGGGAAUUCAGGGGUCCAGGCCCCCCCUUUAAAUAUCACUGGACCGGUAGGAGGACAUACCGAUUUAUCUGGAGGCAGUCGACAGAACUUGGUCCAGUCUCCCAAUAUGGGUAUGGCCCAGGCAGGCCCUCCUCAUAAUUCUUCAAACAGUCAAAAUGCUUUAAGUUCUAAUUCUCACCAAGUUGGUCCAAAUCUACAUCAUUACAGAGGACUUAUUCCUCCAUUUAUGUACAGAGGGAACUUUUCUGGUGGAUUUCCUUCUCAAUUUCCGACAAACACAAGUUCUAGUGGGCCUAGACCUCGGUUCAAUUAUCCCUCAGAACGAUUUCCUCCUCCAUCUGUUCGUCAACAAGAACGCGAGCGCGUUCCCGAAGAAGAAAUUAUUACACGACCAAUUAUUAAAGAAGAAGAUCUUACUCGAAUGGACGAUAUUUCUCGUGAUGCUGGCUGGGCAGCACAUGAUGAUAUUGAUUAUAAUCAAAAACUUACCUUUAGUGACGAUGAACCUGAUCCUGAACCUUCGAAGAAAGAUGAAAAAAAGGACAAUAAGGAAGAAAAAAUAGAGGAAAAUUCAACAGAUGACAAAGAAAAAACAAGAGAUAACCGUGAUAAUCGUGAUAAUCACGAUAAUCGAGAUUUGAAGGAAUCCCGAGAUCAAGCUACUCAUCGUUCAUGGACUCAGAGUUCUUUAUCCCGUGAUUAUCGUGGUUCCAACGGGUCUGGUAGUUAUAGCGGUCAGUCACAACUGCAUUCGGUGCAUUCUUUGAGAGGUGUAGAAGAUGAUGAAGCGUGGAACGAGAGACGCAGACUAAAAGUUGUUGAAGUAGCAUCUGCUGUUGAACGCGCUCGACAACGGAAAGAAGAAGAAGAAAAACGAUAUCAGGAAUCGACUAGACAAGCGGCAGCUAAAAAAUUGCAAGAUUUAGAACAAAAGUUAAAAGAGAAACAAGCUAAUGAAUCAAAAGGUUUAAUAAGUGUUCCACCAGUACCGAUUCCAGUUCCUGAAUGGGAACGAGAAAAAGAAAAUAGAGAACGAGAACGAUCUGAAGGAAAAGAUGAAAAAUCUAUAAAUAUACGUGAAUUGCGUGAAAGUAGAGAUGGUCCAAAAGACAACAGAGAUUCGCGUGAUCAAUUAUUAUCUGAUUUUCGACAAACAGAUCGACAAAAUUUUACAAGACAAGAUAGUAAUCGUAAUGAACGUGAAAGAGAGCGAGAUCGCGAUCAAAGGGAUAUCAGAGAUCGUGAGCUACAUGCUUCAUUUUCUCGAUAUUAUAAAACCAAUUUACCACCUCGAUUUCAAAAACAACAGGCAGAAAAAAUUAAUGCUGGUCUUAAUCGAGUUUCUCCUAAUACUGAAAGAUCAACUAGCCAAUCCGUUCCAUUCUCUCAGCAGUAUGAUCCUGGUAGAUGGGUUCAUAAUCACAGUUCUUUAAAUGAUGAUCGAACUCCAUCUCGAGAUUAUCGUGGCUCUCUACUUCGAGAUGAUCGAUAUCGUCAUUCUACACAUCGAUCUUAUGACAUACGCAAAACAGGCGGAUAUUAUGAUGAAUAUACUCGCAAUUGUAGAGAUCACGAUUAUGAUGAUAGACAUUCUCGUGAUUCUUGGGAACGCGAAAGAUAUUUUGAUGAUAAUAAGGAUCGAGAGUUAAAGGAUAACACAGAAUCUAGAGAUAUCAGGGAGACUCGAGAUAUUCGUGAUAAUCGUAAUGCUAGAGAUGUGAGAGAAAGAGAUAAUAAGGAUAAAAAGGAUUACGAUAAUUAUUUAAAGGAUCCCUUUGAUGAUCGUAAUCGUGAUCGUGAUCGUGAUCGUGAUCGUGAUCGUGAUCGUGAACGUGAACGUGAACGUGAACGAGAACGAGAACGAGAACGAGAACGAGAACGUGAACGAGAACGAGAUCGAGAUCGAGAUCGAGAUCGAGAUCGAGAUCGAGAUUGUGAUCAAAGAGAAAGAUCGGAGAGUUCAGAAUGGCGCGAAGAACGUAUCAUUCAAGACAGAAUAAUCGAUAAUCGUCGCGAUACCCAGAGAGAAGAACGAAUAGAACGCAAUGAACGUCCACAGAGACCAGAUUCUCGCGAUAGUCGUGCUUCUCGAGAAUCGAAAACAUCUUUACGAGAUGAAGAUUCACAUAAAUUACGAGAUUGUACUUCGUGGGUAAAUGAAGUUGCCGAUUACGAAGAAAAUAAACGUGAUGCGUAUCAUGAAGAUAUUCGAGAAAGAGAACGAGAAAAAGAAAGAAGGCAACCACUAGGACCUGUAACUAAAGAAAGAAUUGAGGCGGAUGAAUUAAAAAAUGAGAAACGUAAUUUAACUCAAUUAAAACGAGCAAGUUCUGAUCAAGACAAAAAAGAUCAAGUUAAAGAACCUUCUUUAGAGAUAAAAAAAGAAAUAGAUGUUUGGAAUAGAAAAAUUGAUCGAGUUAAUGAAAAUAAUAGAAUAAUAGAAAGAGGUGAUAAUUCUCCAAAAGCAUGGGCGGAUGCUAUUUCUCCAACGUUUGAAAAAGAAGAAGAAAAAACUUUGGAACCUAUUAAAAACGAUAAAGACUCGGAGGAUUUAAAGCAAAACUUUGAUAAAUUAAAUUUAGAUAAAAGAGAAGAUACAUUGAGUGAAGACGUAAUAAUAGAACAACAAGUGAAAGAAGAAAAACGAGAAAAAAAUAUUCGAAACAGAACUAGCAGUGGCGGAUCAAGUUCGAGAGUGCGAGAUUCUCGAGGUGGUCGUCAAUGGGGAAGCACAUACAGUGUAUAUGCUCGAGGUUGGCGUGGUCCAGAAACAAGAGGACGAAGGGGUGGUCCUAGAACUGCCGCUAGACCAGCUUCUGCUAGAAGUGGUUCCUAUGGACAUACAGAUUCAGAAAAUAGUGCCGAUGAAAUAUCUGGUUCGACCGAAUCUGGUAAAGAAGAAAAGAAAUCGGUUAGAUCACCAAAGCCUAGUCAAAAAACAGAAAAAGAAGAACGCAAUCGUGAAGUAAUAAUAUCUAAUCGAGAUGAAAAACGAACCGAUUAUUGUCAAUCACAACGUAAUGAAAAACGAACUUAUGAUAAUAAAGUGAGUCGUGAAGGUUUUGCACCUUCGGGUGAACCAUCUCGUCGUGGCCGAGGAGGCAGUUUUCGAAUUCGAAGCACAACUACUACUGGUAAUCGUAUGGAAGGAUAUGGACCUCCAUCUUGUAAGAGUCCUUUUUCUUCUGAACGUAAUAUUGAUGAAAAACAAAAUUCUGAAAAAUUGCGACAAAAUCCUUCAACACCUACUCCAGAAAAAGAAAUAAAUUCUUUGAUAUCAUCACAAAACGAAUCUACUGAUGAUAAAAUUAUAGCGAAACAACAAGCACUUACUGCUGGAAUAACUGGAAAACGUGCGAAAUCUCCGAAUCAACAAUCUCAACAAACUCAACAAUCUUGUAAUAAACAAGAUGGAAAUCAUACAAGCAACAAUGUUUCUUCUCAAAAGAUACAAGUUAUAAGAAAAGAUGAAUCACGCUCAAAAAGAACUCGUAGUGGAAGCAGAAGGGGUAGAGAUAAUCGAGAAUUGCGUUACCGUGGCAGUGGUAGUAAUGUAUCGAAGCAAACAUCUUCAGAUUUAGGAAAUGAAGAUUGGGAAACUACAUCUGAGAAUAGUGAAGAUCACAUAGAGGAUCACAAAGAAUCACGUAAUAGUCGUAAUAAACAAUUUUCUGCUCGUUCAAACACGGGUAAUAAUCAAAAUGUUGUAGCGUCAAAUAUGCAUUCACGUAGAAAUGAACAGGCAGGAAAUAAUCGUGAACAACGUGAAAAAAAUGUAAAGUCUUCCAAUACAGCAUCCCGAGCCCCUGGCGCAGAAAAACGAAAUCUACAGAAUUCCAGUUUCGCAAAUCAGAAGAAUCAUUCCAACAGUAUUCCACCGUUGAUACAAACCACUCAAAUACAAAAUGGAAGAUCGAGAAAUCAAACUUCUGGAAAUACUUUAUCGAUUUCAAAUAAAUCGAUAACAAAAGAUACUACAGUGAAUCGUUUAGAUGAAAUAAAAUUAAGCGAUUCUAAUUUAGUUAGUCAAGCUCUUAAUGACAUUAAUAAAAGAUCUCAAGGAAAAGAGAAAAAGCCAAUGAUCGAUUGUGAAAUGGAAAUAAAUAAUUGCAUUGAGGAUGUUCCUAACAUUGAAGAUAAAGUUGAUUCUGAUGGUUUUCAAGAAGUUCGUUCAAAGAAAAACGUAAAAGAAUCUAGACAUGGUUCAAAAGAAGAAACAAAACCUGCAAAACGUGAAAAAGAAAAAGAUAGAGAACGCGACCGUUCAAAAUCAAAAGCAAAUGGUGGCUCACAGCAAACAACUUCUUUGCAACAAGUACAAAAUAUACCGCCAUUGCUUGGGCAAACUAUUCCACAACCUACAAAUAUUUUGCAAAAACAAUAUGAUAGAACUUCGAGAAGUCAAAAACUUGCACCUAGAUUCCAAAAACAGCGUUUAGCUAAACAACAACAACAACAACAGCAACAACAACAACAACAACAACAACAACAAAUAUGCACAUCCGAUGCGAAUGAUACAAUCAAAAUUAACAAUUCAUCAAAUAAUUUCAGUAAAGAUUCAUCAACUGGCCCCGCACCUCCACCAUCUGUGAAUGCUUGGGAUAAACCGUUCACUACAAGUCAAUUACAAUCAAAUUCUUCAUCAACAGUUUCUUCUGAUAUGCAAUUGAUAUCAAGUUUGUCAACACAAAAUGAUCAUAGUCACGUUCAUAGUCACGAAGUUAACGAACAAACAAAUUCUGGUAAUAGUAGUCAACGAAAUUCACCAAGUGGUGAAAAAAAUGUUGGCAAAAGUUUGAAAGAACAACUUCUAGAAAAAAGUUCAGUUUCUGACGUAUCUUCACCUCCUGUUCAAACAUUAAUUUUUGAGAAUACAAAUUAUUCAAAAACUACCAAGGCUGGUCCUUCUGAUUUAGCAGUAAAGACUAAAUUUCCGAAUCAUAUGAAAACUCAACAGCAACGCGUUGAAAAACGUACAGAUUUGGAAGAAGAAGGUAAUACCAUACAACAGCAACAAAGUUUACCUGUAGCAUUUUCAAAUAAACCUAACGAUUUAAUAAAAGAUAAAAAUCAAGAGCCAAUUCAAAUGCCUCUUUCAUUUAAUAAAAAUGAAGAUAAUGCAGAUAUGAAAUUGGAUUUCACUUUUGAUUCUGAUCUUUCUCAAUUAACAGAAGACAAAAACAAAAGCUUAGGAAUGACUCGAUCUAUACACAUGGCUACUGGCCAAAAUACUAUUUCACCUUCUACAGCAGAACUUAAUUUAAAAAUUGCAUCAGUAAAAAAAGUAUGGGAAAAUGCGCCUCCUAUGCCAACCGUGGUCGAGCACGAAGAUGGCAAUGUUGUUAGUACUGCUAAUACUUUCCCUCAAGCAUUUGAAAGUACAGAUGUUGAUGAUAGUUACAGCCCUCAUCAACAAUAUAAUCAAAAUAAUAUGAAAAAUGAAAUAACUACUUCGACGAAUGUGUGCAAGCUGGUUCCCCCGCAGGUGAAGCCGCAGCAACAAUCUUCGGGCAGUAGCAGUAGCCAGUCUGGUUCAACAGUUCCUGGACCGAGUUCUAUCGGAGCAGGUCAAAGUCCUAUCGGACAUCCUCCUGUCAGUCUUCAAGGACCAUUGAGCCCACCUCCAUUCAACUCUACGGGACAACCUUCUCAUAUCAAUUAUCAGGAAUUUCCUCAAUAUCCAGGCUCUCAAGCUGCACAAUACGGUAGCAUGUCUGCAAUACCUUCUCCGCCAGCUGUAUUAUUUAAUACUGGUUCCGGUCAACUUCCAGCUCAAGCAGGAGGUCUCUAUGGAGCAUUUCAAUUAGAUCAGAGCCGUUCUCCUUUCACACAAUAUGCGCCACCAUAUGCGCCAUCUCUUCAAAAUUCAUUUAGUCAACAGAAUGUUUAUUUGCAACAACCUCCGCCUCCUCCACCGCACGCGCCAAAUGCACCCACUCCGGAUAUGUAUCAAAGCAAUCUUUCACAAUAUCGCAUUACAGCAGCUGCUGCUCCACCAUUUGGACAAAGUCAACAACUCAGUAACAAUCCGAAUACAGUUCUUAUUAGCUCUUCUUCAAAUUCCUUGAUGUCAGCCAGCGUCAAGCCAUCUUCUCAACCAAUUGGAGCUAUUGGAACUAAAGCUCCUCAUUUUCAAGCACCAUCUGCUCCUCAACCAAAUCCAGUACGUCACAUACCAUAUGAUCCAAAUCAAGUACUUGGCGUGAGUGGCAGUUAUAUGGGCAAUUCCCAAUUGGUACAGAGACCUGGUCCGAAUGUACAAGCCUCAGCUAAUAGUUAUUAUAGCGCAACUUCAGCUGAUGUAUUUCCCGGGUCACAAACAGGUUUUUAUCAGCCAGGAGGUGCUACACAACAGACUGGUACUCAUUACGGACUUCAGGGAUUUGGACAGCACAGUCAAAGUUUGGCAACUGGCAGUGCUACUCCUGUUGGACUUCAAAAUUUCAGCUCAGGCUUUUUAUCUAGUUCGGGUUUACAAAUUGCUGCAGCUGCAGCAGCUCAGCAAUUUCGUAAUCCGACAGGAGGACUUCCUGGACCAGCAAAUGCAGGUCCCACUUUUCUUAGCAAACAUCAACCACAAGAACAACCUAGACAAUUAAAAAGUCCAUCGGGAAAUCAGCAGGAUGUUCUUGCAUCAGUUUUCAGCUCUACAUCACAAAUACCAUCUCCAAAAUCAAGAAAUUGUAAACAACAAUCUUCAUCUCAACAACCGCAACCUAGUCCAACACAACAUCAUAAAUAUCAACAGUAUCAAGGUGUUAAUCAAUCAACUUUGAUUUUACAACAAAAUAUACGUGGUAUGGGUAUGCCUCCUCGCGCUGGAAUUCAACCGUCGCAACAAAGAUAUCCACCACCUAUUCAAAGACCAGUUGUUCCAUUUACCCCGGGUCCAAAUCCGAAUAAUCCUACACAACAGCAACAACCUAAUUGUAUGCAACAACAACAACAACAAUCUCAAAUCAAUCGUCAUAGGUCGAAUUUGCAUCAACAACAGCAACAACGAAAUAUGAAGAUGCAACAACAAUAUUAUUCUGGUCAAGGAAAUGUCAAAAUGGAUACAAAUGAAAAAACAGAUUCGCACAAUGAUAAAAUCAACGAUGGUAACUCCGGUGCUCAACAAGGAAGCGCUAAACCAAACGUAAAUUCACAAGAAAAUGACAAUAAGGAAGAAGUAAACCAACAAAAUGAAUGAAUUGUGAAAAACAAUAUUUGAUCUACUAUUUGAAAAAUACAAUUUACAAUCGUACAUUAUGGUGUGACGUCGAUUGAAAGGUAAAUGAUAAUGAAUAACUAUUCGCGUGGAGCAAAUUGAAUUCCAACUGAUGUUAUAUUUGUCGAUUUAAAGCGGCUUGCGAGCUUAGAAUUCGUAAUUAAUAACUUGGUUAUAUCUAGUUAAAAUAAUUUAAUCGUGAUGUAUUGAGAAGGGAAAAAAUAGGUAAUAUUAUACAAGGCUCCGAAUUAAUUAUCAUAAAUGUAUUACAUUUUAUGAAUUCUUAACAAACAAAUCGCUUUUAUCGAACAUUUGUUUUUGUUCGAAAAAAAUACUAUAAAUAACAAAACGGCAAAUGUCAGGAUAAAUAUCCAGAAUUAAACAAAAUUUGAUCGAUAUCAUCGAGGAUAGUUAUCAUCUAAAAAAGUCCCAAUGGAUUACUAUUUUCAUCAGGGACACAAACACGUUGUUCAGUUAAAAUAAAUAAAUAAAUAAAUUAAAAAAGUUAAAUAUUAGACUGACGCGCACAACGUAUAUUCACUCGAUGUUAAUCGAUCAUGCGAACCAAUUAAUUACAUUAUCAAUUGUGAAAAUGAGAUACGUGCAUAAGACUUUCUGUAUGGACAUGACGGCGGUCUGUGGUAUACGAUAAUAUUAAAACCAGAUUUUUAUGAAAUAUAGUUCAACAAAGAUAUUGCACGACCGUUGCUACUAUUUGUAGAGCAUUAUUAAAAUGAAAAAAAAAAAAAAUCAGAUCGAUAAAGAAGACUGUUGUGUAUAUCAAAAUUAUAAAAAAAAAGGAUAUUCAUGCGAUGGUCGUAUAGAUCUGCAUGAUUCUGCCCAUAAUAUAAUGUGACAUUUAAAAAAGUUCGUGUACAUUAAUCGUUUAUUGAUAUAUUGUGCGGUCAUGGUGAAGCUUGUGAAAAAUAAAUAGUGCAACAAUCGUUUGUAGUACUGAAUAUAUUGUCAUGACCUAACCACUCUCAAAAAAGAGUAUCAAUUAUUAGAAGAAAUGAAGAAAUUACAAGAAGUAUCGCUUGCAGAAGUUUGAAAUGCGCUCAAUUUUUGCGUAUAGUAAAAUUCCACUAGAUCACUAUACUGUCUAUCGCAACGUACAUAUGUAGAAAAAGAAUUGUAUAUUCUCUGCUUUCGUUGCGGUUCAAGCACUAUUAUGAUAACUAUUAUUAUUUUAUUUUAAUUUUAUUUUAUUUGUAAUACUAUUGUCAUCAUUAUCAUCAUCAUUAUUUCUAUUGUAUUACUAUACUGCAACAUAUAUAAUAUAUGAUCAUCACCA